AUGGACACCAACACAGGAGACAAACUAGCAGAGCCUCAUGAGGGCACCUUUAAUGUCAACGAAGCUGCAAAAGAAACCUCUGCUUCUGGAAGCAAGGAGAGGGAUUCUUUAAACAACAGUUUGUGCAUUCAUCCCUGCUUCGUUGCAUUGAGCCAGAAAGCAAACAUUUCCAGCCUCAAUCAGACAUUAGAUUUUGAAUCCGUUCACCUGCUCACUUCAACACCAAUGACCUCCACGAAGCCGUUCAAUUUCACUGUGGAAGGAGAAGAAAGCAAUGUCGCAGCUGCUCAGAGGAAGCUUUAUGGAGAAGGACCCAAUAAACUCACUCCUCAGGCCGCAGCAGAUAUUCCUUCAAAUAUUGUGAGUGACAGGAAGACUUUUUUGCGCCAGCCGCAUAACCUCCCCAACAUGAAGCCCCCAUCGCGAAUGUUCAAGCCAGGAUCCAUACCCACUCUGAGCCGUCCCAUGAAGGCCAACACUGCACACGUUCUGCAGCAGACCAGAGUCCUGUCCAGCACGUAUAAUUUGAGAUCCACAGCUGCAGCUGCAUUGGGAGUAAAGCCGUCAGUGUCCAGCCUGCGAAAACCAUCGGCGAGCAGUGUGACCUCGAGCCUCCAGAGAGCAGGACACGGCCUGAAACCACCUCAAGCUAAAGUCGCCCACUCAGCUCUCUCAGGCGCUGACAAACCUGCUGGAGGUCCUCACCCUGUGGCUAAAACAUCGUCAUCACCAAGAAAACAUCCUUUACCCAAAACUGAUGUCAUGCCAGCAGCAAAGAAGAAGAAGAUGGAUCUUUCAUCCAACACUUCUGCAGCCUCCUCCUCAGACUCUAAAGCCAACAACCUGAAGCCUCCAACACAAAACCAGAGAACUUUACCUGCAAAACCGCCAAAACACUACGCUGCAUCUACAGCUACAGCCAUUUGUGAACCAAGCAGCCGGGUGCAGACUUUGAAGGCACCAGCAGGAAGUCUCAGAGCCCCAUCUACUAAACCACACAAGGGGUGUAGCAACUGCGCUUUACACAAGGAACAACUCCGAUUGAUAACAGAGGAAAAUAAACUAUUAAAAGAAGAACUUUUGAAAUGGAGGGAGAAGGAUCAUCCUAAAUACACGUCUAUAUCUGAGGCCUUUAAACUGCAAAACUGGAUUUAUACACCGCACAAAAGCAGUACAAACUCACCAGGGCAGAUUCCGCUGAGACUUAGACUUGUAACCUCCUGCAGAGAUAUCGCCCCGAAAGCCCAAGGAACCAACCUGAGGCAGAAUUUGAUGCUCAGUGACGAUGAGGAGGACACCAAGAGAAUCGUGCGGAGUGCGAAGGACAAAAGGUUUGAGGAGCUGACAAACCUCAUAAAGACUAUCCGUAAUGCCAUGAAGAUCCGAGACAUGUCCAAAUGUCUGGAGGAGUUUGAGCAGUUAUGUCGAGCGUUUACAAAAAGCAAGAAUAUAGUGGACAAAGAAGGAGUUCCUUCGUUCUACAUACGCCUCCUCGCCGACCUCGAGGACUACCUCAACCAGCUUUGGGAAGACAAAGAGGGCAAAAAGAAGAUGAACAAAAACAAUGCAAAGGCUCUAAGUACACUUCGUCAAAAGAUUCGCAAGUACAACCGGGAUUACGAGACUGAAAUCGCUUCGUACAAAGAAAAUCCCCAAGAAUCUGCUGAUGAAGAGGAGGAAAAAGAAGCUGCAGAUACAGGCGACUCUUCUGGAAGUGAGUCCGAUGAUGCGAAUGCAAAGAUCCCUGCUCCGAGCUUCUUAAAGAAGAAACCAGAGGGCCCGGAUCCCAGCAAGUUCCUGAAAGGAGCCAAAGGAUCAGAUGAUGAGUCCUCGUCCAGUGAUGAUGACGAUGAUGGAGAAGACUGGAGUUCAGACUCUGUGGGCAGCGGCAGUGAGAGCUCAGACGAUGGAGAGGGGAAGAGUUCUUCAUUAGCUGUAGUCUUCCUCAAAAAAACCCAGGAGAGUGAGAAGGGCUCAGAAAAGAAAACUGGAAAAAAGAAGAAAAUUAAGAAGAGGGGAAAGGAAAUAAUUGAGGAAGAGCCUGAGGAAGGAGAAGGAGAGGAGGUGGAGGGCGGCUGGGAGAAGGUGAAGGGAGGCGUCCCUCUCAUAAAGGAAAAGCCUAAAAUGUUUGCCAAGGGCACAGAAAUCAACACCGUUGUUGUGGUUAAGAAACUGAAUGAAAUUCUGCAGGCGAGAGGCAAAAAGGGCACAGACAGAGCUGCUCAGAUCGAGUUGUUUCACGCUCUCGCAGCCAUUUCUGCAGAGAACAACCUGGGCCAGGGCAUCCUGGUUAAGAUUAAGUUCAACAUUAUUGCUUCUCUGUAUGACUACAAUCCCAAUCUGGCUGCAUUCAUGAAGCCCGACAUGUGGAAGAAGUGUUUGGAGUGCAUCGACGAGCUCCUCGACAUUCUGUUUGAAAACAACAACAUCUUUAUUGGAGAGAAUAUCAUCGAGGACAGUGAGAACCUGGCCAUCUCAGACCAGCCGUUUAGGGUCAGAGGCUGUAUUCUAACUCUAGUGGAACGGAUGGACGAAGAGUUCACAAAGAUCAUGCAGAACACAGACCCCCACUCCCAAGAGUAUGUGGACAACCUGAAGGACGAGAGCAGAGUCUGUGGCAUCAUCGACCGGCUUCUCUCGUACCUGGAGAACAAGGGCAGCACAGAGGAGAUCUGCCGCGUGUAUCUGCGGAGGAUCAUGCACACGUACUACAAGUUUGACUACAAGGCUCACCGCCGCAGCCUCGGCCUCCAGGGAGAGACCAAGUCUGAACAGGACCAAGAGGAGAGCGAAGGCGAGGACAGUGCUUUCAUCAUGGACCGGCUCUGCAAAUUCAUUUAUUCCAAAGAUCGCACCGACCGCAUUCGUACGUGUGCCAUUCUGUGCCACAUCUACCACCACGCGCUGCACUCUCGCUGGUACCAGGCCCGAGAUCUGAUGCUCAUGAGUCACCUGCAAGACAACAUCCAGCACGCCGACCCUCCCGUGCAGAUCCUCUACAACAGAACUAUGGUCCAACUGGGAAUCUGCGCCUUCCGUCAGGGCAUGAUCAAAGACGCCCACAAUGCUUUGCUGGACAUCCAGUCGUCUGGCCGGGCCAAAGAACUCUUAGGUCAGGGUCUGCUCAUGAGGAACAUGCAGGAGAGGAACGCCGAGCAGGAGAAGAUCGAGAAGCGAAGACAAGUGCCCUUCCACAUGCACAUUAACCUGGAGCUGCUGGAGUGUGUGUACCUGGUGUCGGCCAUGCUGCUGGAGAUCCCCUACAUGGCUGCGCAUGAGUUCGACGCCCGCCGGAGAAUGAUCAGCAAACAGUUCCACCACCAGCUGCGAGUGGGAGAGAGACAGCCCCUGCUCGGACCCCCAGAGAGCAUGAGGGAGCAUGUGGUGGCCGCCAGCAAAGCCAUGAAGAUGGGAGACUGGAGAACCUGUCACUCCUUCAUCAUCAACGAGAAGAUGAACAGCAAGGUGUGGGACCUGUUCCCAGAGACACAGAGAGUCCGGGAGAUGCUCGUCCGAAAGAUCCAGGAGGAGUCACUGAGGACCUACUUGUUCACGUACAGCAGUGUGUACGACUCCAUCAGCAUGGAGACGCUGUCGGACAUGUUUCAGCUGGAGAUCGCCACCGUGCACAGCAUCAUCAGUAAAAUGAUCAUCAAUGAGGAGUUAAUGGCCUCUCUGGACCAGCCCACUCAGACCGUGGUGAUGCACCGCACGGAGCCCACGUCUCUGCAGAACAUGGCGCUGCAGCUGGCGGAGAAGCUGGGCAGCCUGGUGGAGAAUAACGAGCGCGUCUUUGACCUGAAGCAAGGCGUGUACGGCGGCUACUUCAACAGAGAUCAGAAAGGAGGCUACCAGCAAAAGCAAGGCUAUCAGAGAGAUAAUAAAGGAUAUCAGCAGAAGCAGGGCGGCUAUCAGAGAGGCGGCUACAGGAACCAGAACCAGAACCAGAGCAAUUACUGA